AGCGCCAUUGCGCAUGACAGUCAGUGCGGCCUUGCAGACUGAAGAGCGCUACCGACAAAGGCCGAGUCGAUGGGGUUACAAAAAAAUUGUUAAUUUGGACGUCUAAAACCCUUUUGUUGUUGUAAUUAUAAUUUUAUAUAGGUUGUGAAUCUGUGAUUACGGUUAAGAAAUGUGUGAAUGAUAUGAAUCGUGACGGCUAGCAAAGGAGUCAGCUGGUCCACAGUGCGAAUAGUGAAUAAGAAAUGGCGGCCUUGCCAGCAGGUGUUCAGUAUGGGUUAUCAUCGGAGUCUAGUUAUAAAGAAAACAAGGAACUAGUGUUUGUGAAAUUAACGGAUUCUGCUCUGAAAGCUAUUGAAGACUUCCUUAGGAAUAACAGGGACAGAUUGGCAAAACCUAAAAUACAGUUCCUACCCGGAAAUGAAGGGAAAAUCUCCAUUCCGGCUCCAAGCAAUGGCAAUGGCGCGGCGGGCGAGGCUACGUUUCACUUUAGCAUCAAUAGCAAUGCAGAAAUGGAAGGUCCACAGGGUUCAUUCGAGUGCGUCAGGAGCGGAGGUGCGCGGCGUCUGGAGUCGUGCGGCCCUCUGCCGCGUAGGAUGCGCGUGCAAGCCAACGACGACUCGUACGAGGCCACUAAGGACCGGAUGGCGAAAACCGUCGCCGCUGAACAGAGUAAAUGCACGCGCGUGAUCAAACCUAACCAGACGGACAUUGGACGCCGGGUGAAAGUGCGGCAUCCUUACAACAGCAGCGUCGCGGCCCAGCUGGCCGAGCGCGCUGAACGCAUGGAGCGCACCGAACGACCCGAACGGUUGGAGCGACCCGAUCGACCUGACCGACCCGAACGGCCGGAGCGGCCCGAGCGCCCAGAGCGAACGGAGAGACCUGAGCGCGCUGAGCGACCCGAGCGGCCCGAGCGCGCCGAACGGCCCGAGCGCCCUGAGAGACCCGAACGCCCUGAGCGACCAGAGCGACCGGAGCGGCCCGAGCGGCAAGAGCGACCGGAAAGACCGGAGCGGCCUGAGCGUUCCGAGAGACCGGAGCGCGUAGAAAGGCCUGCGGCGGUGCCCGCAGCCCCCCGGCCGCAGCCCGCGCCUGCGCCCGCGCCGCACCAGCCGCCGCACCAGCCGCAACACCAGCGCGCACCAACCAACCCGGAUCUCACUAAGAGAUCCUUGAAAGAAAGACUUAUACAAUUAUUAGCGUUGAAACCCUUCAAGAAGCCCGAAUUGUACGCGAGACUUCAUAGCGAGGGGAUCAAAGAGAAAGAGCGCAUUGCUGUGAACAAGAUUCUGCCGCACAUUAGUUCGCUCAAGGACAACUGUUACCACUUACGUAGGCACAUAUGGAACGACGUCAAUGAAGAUUGGCCGUUCUAUACAGAGGAGGAGAAACGUAUGCUCAAGAGGCGGAAACCUCAAAAUCUAACACCACCGCUCAGUAGCGACUCCGCGCACUCGCUGUCGCCGCGAGCCUCGCCCGCCAACAAGCGCGCGCCCAGCGCCGCCGCGCCGGGGGGCGUGGGGGGCGCUGCGGGGGGCGUGGGGGGCUCCCGGGGGGGGGGCGCCGCGCCCGCCGACGACGCGCCCGCCGCCAAGAAGCAGCGCAUCUCGCACUACCGUCGCCCCUCGCCGCCCUCCUCCGGCUACGCCACCACCUCCUCCGGCGAGCGGCACGCCUCCGACAACGAGGAUGAUCGCACCACCGUGAAAAAGGACAACGGCUACACGCUAAACUUUACGACUGUUAAGAAUCUGUGCCCCAGUCCUGUGAAAGCGAACGGUUUUACAAGUAGUCCCCCAGUAGAGCAAACUAAUAUCACAGAAAGAGACAUCACAAACACGGAACCUUCAGAACCUACAGAAUUAACCUCUGUGCCUGAUGAAAACACGACUGAUAUGGAAGAGAUUGAAAGACAGUACCCCGCGAUCACGAGCUCGAACAUGAGGCGGGCGUACAAGAACGAGUUCGCGGAGCUGUACACGGAGUACCGCGGGCUGUACGCGCGCGUGGCGCAGGUGGCGGCGCUCUUCACGCGCCUCGAGACCGAGCUCAACCGCGCGCAGCCGCUCUCGCCGCACCACCAGAGCAUAGAACAACGUAUCGUAGAGGAAUACAGGCGCGUGAACAACGACACCGCGUACCAGCAGCAGAGGCGGCGCGUCAACUACCUUGACCGCAAACUCACGCACAUCAAGCGGAUGGUGUACCAAUACGAUCAGUUGCGCAACCUGAAGCCGGAGCGCGUGGCGGCGGCGAGCACGACGCAGGCGUACUGACACGCGGGCCGCUCGCCGCCCGCCCGCAGCCUGUAGAGCACCACGCCGGACACAUGCAUCGACACAAUAUGAUGGACGAUUUACAUACUUACCAACGUAAGCUCUAUAGUUUUUAUACGAGUCAGUGUCUCCCGUUGAGUGACAGAUGUUGAUCGAUUUUUUAUACGGACGUAAUUAGGCCUUUGGAAGUAGUCUUCGAUGGUUCUGUCAAAGCCGCGCUGACUGUUAUUGUUACAUGGAUGCGGAAUGUGGCCGAACGUUCUGUUCGACGUUCAGUGCGAAGUGCGCGCCGUCCCGAAUAAUUGAUGUGCAUUAUGGUGAUAUAAAUGUUCUAAAAUAUAUUUGUAAUCGUAACGCUGUGAAGUUAACGCUACUUAUUAUUCGGGGCGGUGACGUAGAUACUUUGUUUAGUUGGAAAGAACGUUCCGCAAACAUAAUAUUAUAUGUACUAAAAGCCGGUUGGCGGGUUGUGUUGACGUGUGCGUUGUAAAUUGUUAUAAAAUAAAUAAUUUAUUAUUGAAUGCGGAAACGUGAUGUCGCGCGUUGUUUACAUGCGCGGAUGUUUUCGCUGUUUCUUGCUACGUCACGUGUGGGUGACAUUGUUGCGCCGGCGCGGCACGUCGCUGCGGAGCCGGAAGCGUCGGAUGUUAAUGAACUUCAAAAUAUUACCCUCUAGACACGCGAUGCACACAGGGCGGCCUGCCAACUUGGCUUCUCACAACUAGAUUGUACAUCAUGGUUAAGGUGAUUGUUCUGUAUUAGUCAUUCAAAUAGAUAAGAGAAUAAAUUAUGUUACAUAGAUUGUCUAUAUUAAGUUAUAUUGUUCUUCCAUUAAUUUUAACAAUGAUCCUUAACCAUACGAUAUGUGACCACGCGCGUGUAUCGCCAUUCCGGACAUGAGAACCCAUACUGGUUAAAAAUAUUUUUCACUGUUGAUUAUAUUGAUGAAUAUAUUGUGUAUUGUAUUCGCCUGUUUCUACCUUGUACUUGUUUCUUUCUGUUGUACAAUAUCAUUAAUUCAUAUCUAUACAAAUGGUGUUUGAAUGAACCAAUUUUAUAUGAAAGAAGCAAGACAGGUGUUAUAGUUGUACUUCGCUAUCGGGCUGAUUGAGUCGCGCUGACCGAUAAGGAGUCAUGUGACCCUCGGCCGGUGUACUGUACGCAGUACAUUGUACACGCACUCGACGCUCGAUAGUGGAGUUUCGAGUUUAAUGUCAUUGUUUGUCAUUGCCAUCGGACGCCGUUACAUCACCGUCUCGGCAGUCGGUGACAAUGACGAACGAACGUUACACUAUAGAUCAAUAUUCUAUAUUUCUUAUCGAAACUUUAAUUAGUCCGGUUGUUUUAUCAUGUAAAUAGUAUAUUAUGUAUAUUGAAAGAAAAAAGUUAUCAAGUAUAUAAUAGUCCAAUAGUAGAUACAUAUAUGUUCGUCCACAUUAUAUUCCAUUCGAAAAUUAUUGCCGUCUAAUGUUAUCGUUGUCCAAUGAAUUUUCGCUUAUACUGUUUGCUGAAUUAUUUUUACUACUUCUCUUAUUGCAAGAUCUGCGUGUAAAUAUCCGUGCCGUUUCAAUGAAAGGUGAACUUCUACAAUUCUAAGAAGUCAAUUCGUAUGACUGUUGGCCUUCGUACAAACAAUUAUAUUGCCCUUUUUAUAAUAUUUAAUCCGAUAUCGUCCUUUCGCUUCUAAAAAUCCAUCCAUUUUUUAAUGUUGGACGUUCAUUUUAUUUUGUCUUGCCCAGCUUGCAUGUUGUAUAUAGUAGUAUCAUAUAAAAAAAAGAUAUAUCAUGUUCUUGUUAAAUUUUGUUAUGGGUAGUAUAUGUUCAGGUUUAUUUUUCGAAAUAUUAUUUAUUAGCUUUGAUUAGUGUUGCGUCGUCGUCGAGUGAUGAUUUUGUAUAUACCGCGGGGGCUUUAAAACGUUGUCAUCGUCACAAAGACAAAUGCAAUGUGGUGGAAUUAACGCGUGUUUGUUUUGUAAUUCGGCCACGAUACAACAUUAUUCUGGGCACAAGCGGUCGACGUAUUUGCCAAAAUCGUGAAACGUAUAAUUGAUUUGAAUUUGCCAAAUAAAACGUUUUUUGAUAUGUUAGCAACAACCGGCCAGUGUUAAACAUCCAUUAGAAAUAAGAUAUUACUCUGGUCCUUUUCGGAAAACCCUCCAGAUCACAAUAAAAUUCUUAGUAAUUUUAGUAUACUUGGGCCAGUGGACAGCUUGAUUAUUGAAACGUUAAAGCGAGGCUUUAAAACUAUGGAGCGUAAAGAUCUAAAUUGCAAAUAUAAAGCUGGCCUGAUCUUUUGAAAAGCCGUCUUACAUAAUAUUUUGUCCUGAGAGUAACGUCCAUAUUUGAAAAUGAUUUAGCGUUAAGUAAUUCUGAUUUUAAUUAUUAAAAAUGCAGUCCUUUUGUCCAUCCCACGAUUAACUUGGAACAUGAUUUGUUGUGAACAAAUAGCGGCGAAGGCGUCCCGAUACUUCAUUAUCGUAAUUAUUUCACCUGAUAUAUAUAAAAAUGAACUUAUUUGUUAUUAAAUGCGUACAUUGUAGUGUAACGAGUACAUUUUUGCGUAGGUUUACAAACUUUGUCGAGGGUUGAUGUUACUUCAGUUAAUUUUUGUCAAUUAAUGUGCCAACGUGUGGCGCUGCUAUUUGGUUUGUUUUAUUGUAAUUGUCAAUUGUUUUAUGUAUAUACAGAAAGCAUUUUUUCAUUAGUAUUGUCAAGUUAUUUGGUCAAUUCACACAUAAGUGCCCUUUUGUUGCUCACGGAAAUAGUUUUUGUGUUACUAUUUUAGCUUUUUACUCAUUAUAAUGCUCAAUAUUAUGGUCAUGAUAUUAGAUGAUUAAAAUUUCUCUUUGGGUUUUAAUUUAUUUCUCUUAUUUAUUAACUUAAAUUAUCAUUAUUUAUCAGACCAGUCGCCCGAACAGUUCCAUCUGUUAUAGAUUUUUUUUGUAAGUUACUUGUAUCUAUUUUUACUAAAACUCGAUUGUUUUGAUAGUUGUUGUGAACAUUGUAACUUAACUCUGAAAUCGAUACACAUCGCAAUGAAAUCACCGUAUGAGGCUAGAAUACUUAAUUUACUUGUAUAAAUAUAAUGACGUACCAAUAACAGAUGUCGUGAACUGUGCGAUUGAAAUUCCUUUCGGGAUAUGAGUUUUUCGUGCAGGAAAAAAAUUGAGUACGUUAAAUGUGAUGUGGUAUAAAAUUUGUGCAAGGAACAAAAGAGCACUGUUGAACAAUGAAUUAAAUGUACUUAGGUAAUAUUAUACUCAAGUUGCCCAUUUAUGUACGCUGCUAUUUACAUAUUUAGAAUAAAAUUCCUGCAUUAGAAAUUCAUCUUACAGUAAAUUAUUGUUGGUAUUUUUACCACCCCCACUCACAUGCUUACACCUAAGUUUCGGUUAACAAAUAUGAAAUUCAAUUUGAUACGAACAUACAGUUGGAAAUGUUAUUGUUACCAGUAGUUUAAGCACUUGUUUACAUAUUAAUAAUACGUAGUGACGAAUUAAAUUUACGUAUUAUCAUUAUUGUUUUCUCGUGAGAUGAUGAUCACUUCUUGUGUUGAAUAUUUUUCGGGGGUUGUUGAUUAUUAAAGUGGAUAUUGUGAAAGAUGCAUUCCAUUUGUCGAAACCGUUGAUUUAGCACUGUUCAUCGAUGCACCCUGUUACGUGGAUAGUGUAUAAAUAUAAAAAUAAUAUAUUUUUACAUACAGUGAUUGACAGUAACCGUAGGCCGUAAGCUGUGGGCCUGUAGCGAGUGCGGAGGACCUCCGCCGCAGAGACCAUUACAAAUGUAACAUAACUGUAUAUCGUAAAUCAAACAAAUUCUAAUAUACUGUCACAAAAGGGAGUAAUAAAAAUGACAAAUGUUGCUCGAUUGUUACCGAUUAAGUUAUUAGAAAAGUUGGAUAGAAAUGUUUGUAUUUUGUCAUGUUUAUACAAAUGAAAAUAUCUCAAGGAUAUAUCAUAGUCCAUUGUACAGAGUAGACGAUAUUUAGUAAUCUAGUGAGGACACGUUUUUUUUUUUCUUAAAUCCUAGUUAGUGAUAUAUUAGGAAUACUAAUUCCCAAACAUGUAUCGUUCUUUGCGGCAUGACAAAUCCGCCACAAUAGUUGGUUUCAGCAUUACACUUGCUUCCGACCAUAGCAGUAAUGCGUUUACCGAACGUCACUCAGAUUGUGUUAACCCCGUUGCAAUCAUAACAAUGAAUUUGGCCUAUUUUUUGUUUUAAUCACGUUUGUCGAGUGGCAUUUUUGUCAUGUGCAAAUUUAACAUAUUAUAUUACUUAACAUAGCUGAUAUUAUAGCGGCUUAAGGCGGGCGUUACGUACAUGAUGAUCCUUACCUUACUUUAAUUUUAGGUGUAGAUGUUUGAGUUUGCGUAUUCUGAUCAAAUACUAUUGUAAAUUUGCUGUACAGUUAACGAACAGGCCGCCGCCGCGAGUCCGGGCUCGACGUCCAUCUCGCAAGACUGUCGAUUCACCGAACAAUUUGAAUAAUAUGUAUUGUGUCGAUGUAAAUAGAGUACGAAUUAGACAUUUAGGCACGCUAAGGGAUGUAAUGUUAGUGUUUUAUUUUGGAUCGUUUGCUUUAUAAAUUGUAUAUGUGGGGAAGUGUUUGCGGACGGACGCGGGCGGGCGCGGUGGCGCCAUCUAACGAUGCUGCGAUAUUCCUUGUGCCCCUCGAAAUAUCAGUGCAUUAUAUAUGAGUCAAGAUGUAUAGACGAUGUGAUGAUGUGAUGAUGUGAUGAUGCGGUAGUGUUAUUGUGUAUAGGAUGCGUUAAACCAGCUCGAGUCGGGCGGACGAGAGACCGAUACUUGCCAGCCGGUUCGAGCGAACGACGACUAGCUAUGAAUCCUGACAUCGGCUCACGUUAAUUAGCUUUUAAAUAUUUCAUCAAAAUAUAAAAUACACAAAAAAAAAUGGAUAUAAAUUUUCGACCAAGUACUGGUUGUUUUUAAAUUAUUAAAAUGUAAAAAAAAAUUAGAGUAUAAACAAAAUAUAGGUACAAUUUAUGAAUUAUACUUUUCUUUUCGGCAUUUCAUGUACAGUGGAAGGGACCCAGAUUUUUGCUACUAUGAAAUCACUUGUGUAGUAGACUGCGCGUGUGUUCUCGGUAAGGACAUCCGCGUUUACAUUAAUUGUUAAGCAUUCUUACACAACGUCGAAUGAUUCUUUGUAUUUUGUGAUUUCUUUUGCUCAUGUCCUCUUCCAUUGCUUUUUUGUUUAUCAUCUGUCUAAGUGUAUAAUAUGAUUUCGUUAAGGCAGGGUAAUGCAGAAUGUGAAGAGGUACUUUUUUAAUUUGAUGAUGAUUUGUUUGAAUGUUUUAAAUUGAGUUGAUUUUAUCCAUGCAAUGGAAUUUGUAUUGUUACGAAAAGAGCCAGAGUUUGUUGUUUUCUUUUUUGUAAUUAAGUCAAUUUGAAUUUGGGUUUAUAAC